AUGGUUGCACCGUAUCAUCCUGCGACGAACGGUCAAGUCGAAAGAUUCGUUCAGGAAUGCAAAGCGAAGUUGAAGAGUUUGCGGUGUGACAGAUCAUCGAUACAUGCUGAGUUGUGCAAGAUUUUACUGGCCUCAGCAACCGAGGCCAAGAAGAUCGACGGUAAGGUGCGCGAUAUCGCUGAGGGGGUGAGAGUUGCGGCUAGAGAUUACCUCAACAUGGAGAAAUGGAAAUACGGUGUGGUUUCUGAAAAACUCGGAGAGCUGCACUAUCACAUCCGACUCGAUGAUGGGAGAACCUGGAAACGCCACAUAGACCAAAUCCGAGAAGUACCUAUGUUGAUUGAGAACGAUCCUGUUACCGAGACAACAUUAUCUGUGGCCAUCGGGCGAACUACCAUAUACACGCCUGUGAUUCCAAGAGUACUACUGUCGGGUCCGAAGUCUCCUACCAAGCCACCAUCGAUGCCAGCUAGGGCUACAGAGGAUCAAGUCACCAAAGUCGCCUUGAUUCCAAGAGGAGUUGCUGCCAACACUGGUCGUAGCCACGAUCACCAAUCAUCAAGACGUUCGAGAUGGGUCAUCCGACCAUCAAAGAAGCUGGAUUUGUAA